AUGGGGGUUUCAAAAGCAAUGAAGAGAAGGACAAAGAGAAGAGAGCAGCACAAGGUCAGCAUUCAAUCUCUUCCAAACGACUUGCUGAUGGAAGUACUUGCUAAGGUUGCUUCAGCUUCAUUCACCGACCUCUUCAAUGCUAAAGUAAGUUGUAAGGAUUUCUACAUGUUGGCAAAAGAUGAUUAUAUUUUCCAACAUGUAUCGUUGGAGGAGUUUCCACUAUUUUGGUAUAGAAGAGAUCAUCAAGUUUUGUCCUUCUUAAGACGUUGCAAAGAGAGUGGAAAUGCAGAUGUAUUAUUUAGAGAAGGCAUAGGUGAGUACUUCACUUUAAAAAAUCAACGAUUAGGGCUUGAGUUCUUGGAGAAAGCAUCUCAAAAGGGACAUGUUGAAGCAUCAUACAUAUAUGGUCUUAUUUUAAUUUGUUCCGGGGGUCAAUUAAAGCAACAAGGCUUGCAACUUAUGUCUUCUGUAAUUACUGGCAAGUUAGGAGGCUUAAGAAUUAAAGAAUGUCGAAGGAGAGUAAAAAACCAUAUUCAAUGCCUAUGGAUGAAUAAUCGCAUAGUUAGAGAUGAAGAACCCUACUGCCAUAUAGAAAAAUGUAGCAACUAUGGGAGAACGAAAAAUUCUUUGACGGCAAAAAGGGCAGGAAACAUAUGGCUUUCUGGCGAUUAUAUUGAAGACGAGGAUGUCAUGUGCUGUGCGUAUUGCCAGUGUGAUCAUGAAGUAAAUUUGUUUUGUAAAAGGUUUAUGGAAAGUUAA